CUAUAGACGCUCUCGGUUAAUUAUUUUUGUAUGAAAAUUCAAGUUUUAUAAGAGCAGUUUAAACACGUGUGUGGUAAAUAAUGGAGUACGAAAAAAAAUUAACAGAUUUGGCUCUGAGCCUCUUUAAAAUAGAUGCAGUUAAAUUUGGCGAAUUCAUGACCAAAAGUGGUAUUAAAACACCGGUAUACUUUGAUUUGAGAGUUAUUGUUAGCUACCCAGAGGUUAUGGAAUUGAUAACUGGCCUACUGUAUGAUUUCGCAAUUGUUGAUAGCGAGUAUGAUCACGUAUGCGGGGUGCCCUAUACAGCUUUACCAAUAGCAACUUUACUUAGUGUAAAAGUUAAAAAAUCUAUGUUAAUGAGAAGAAAAGAAGCAAAAGCAUAUGGUACAAAGAAAGUAAUUGAAGGACACUAUAAAGUAGGAGAUAAAUGUUUAAUAAUUGAAGAUGUUGUAACAUCUGGCUCAAGUGUUAUGGAAACUGUAAAUGACUUACGUAACGAGGGCCUGAAGGCACAGGAAGCUGUUAUUAUAUUAGAUAGAGAACAAGGCGGAAGACAGAACUUGGAGGACAAUAAUGUUCAAAUGAAAGCACUGCUCACUAUGUCCAAAUUGAUAAGCAUACUUGUUGAAAAUAAAAAGAUAACCGAACAAAUGGCUUCUGAUGUUAAAAACUAUUUACAAAAUGUUAAAGCUCCUGUAGUAGUGCCCCCCCUGGACAGAAUUCUGAUGCCUUUUGAGAAGCGAGCAGAGUUAGCAUCAAAUGCUAUAGCUAAACAGCUUUUCAAUAUUAUGGCUAUAAAGAAGACCAAUCUUUGUUUAUCUGUUGACCUCACAUCAAGUUCUCAAAUAUUGGAUCUGUUGGAAAAAGUUGGAGAACAUAUUUGUCUUGUUAAAACCCACAUAGACAUUAUUCAAGAUUUCUCACAGAAUUUUGUGACUGCACUGAAGCAACUGGCAACGAGGUUUAACUUUUUAAUAUUAGAAGACAGAAAAUUUGCAGAUAUCGGCAAUACAGUUGCCAUGCAAUACACACAAGGCAUAUAUAAUGUUAACAAAUGGGCAGAUUGUGUAACUUCUCAUUCAUUGCCUGGUGAGGGAAUAUUGAAAGCACUCAAUAAUUCAUCUAAUGGUGAAAAAGGAGUAUUCUUGUUAGCGGAAAUGAGUUGUGAGGGAAAUCUUAUAACUUCAGAAUAUACACAAGCUACAGUUAAGAUGGCUGAAAAGUAUCCUGAAUUGAUAACAGGAUUUGUUUGUCAAAAGAAAGACACAUUUAAGAACCCUGGUCUCAUCCAAUUGACUCCUGGAGUGAAACUGGAGAGUUCAAAGGAUGAUUUAGGCCAAGUAUACAAUACCCCAGAGAAGGUCAUACUGGAAAAUGGUGCAGAUAUUAUUGUUGUUGGAAGGGGUAUUGUAGCUGCUAAGAAUGCAGAAGCACAGGCUGUUAUUUACAAAGAUGCCCUAUGGAGGUGCUAUACAAAGAGAAUUUCUGGGAAAUUAGAGUGAGAAUAUAAAAAAAAUGAGUACAAAAUAUUAUUUAAUUUCAAAUAUCGAGCAUUCACUAUUUUGAAUGAAUGCCAUGCUAUACCAUAUUUUGUCUAUGAUAUAUUUUAAUCAACACAAAAUCUAGAUAUAAAAAAGGUAUUUUUUGUUGGUUUAACAAAUAUAGUUUAAUUGUAAGUGAAUAAAACGUAUUCCAUAAGUUUUUUGAUUCCAUAUAUUUACAUAAAUAUACACUUAUUUUAUAUAAAUUUUAGUAAAAGUCGAAAGUAAAUACUAUUGUUGUGAAAUAUUUGUUAUUUUGAUAAUAAAUUUUAUAGUACAAA